UUGGUUUAUCGCCGAUUCCUUGAGUGCAGCCAAAAGAAGUGCUUGUUGGUUCGCCUUAUUCCCUUGUUGGAUCGGGAAGUUAUUCCCCUUCAACUUGACCAGCUUAAUCACCUAAAGCAUCACACGUCCCGCGAUAGGCAGAGACCAAGAUUUGACCAUUUAAGCGCUA